AUGUCAAAGAGUGCGCACUCGUCGAGACGUUGGCACACCUCCGAAGAGGACGCCGCCACCGACCACGACACCUCCUCUUCCGCCGCGUCGCACCGUCGCACGAGCGAUUCCACCGAGCCUUCUUCCCGCUCGAGCGGACUCGGCGCGCCGACCUUCAUCCCUUCGACCUCCCAAAAUAUGCGCAACGAUCGAUUACAAGCCAAAAUGAAAGAUUUGGCUUUUUCCGACGAGCGAGAUGGAGGCGGCAAGAGUCUAGGGGCGACGACAAAGUGGAUCAAGCGGUCCAGAGCGGCCAAGGAUCAUGCGCCACCGACCUUCAAGGGUGGCGUGGUCGGGCAGCCAGCCGAGAUUGAUCCUCGUGGUGGUCCACAAUCCAAGAGACAGAGACUGACCGCAGCACCACGUCGACUCGAGGAGUUGUUCGAGUCAGCGUCACCUCAACUGCUCCAUCUCGGACCGCGAACUUCGUCAGCACGUCCGAGCGGGAGUCUGGCCCGCGGCGCUACCCAUGCCGUCGAUUCGGAGUCGACAUACCUUCGCAAUGGUCAUCCUGGGAGGAAUUCACCACCGCCAGAUUGGCUUGCGUCGAUCCUCUCCGAAGCCGACAGUCUGCCAGCUCCUCCGCAACCACCGCACCCGCAUGACCGAACGGCACGGCCAGCACCUGCCUUCGAUCAAUCCAUGAGCGACUACCCUGCAGCAAACAGCCAUCGCCCUAUGGAACUUCCACCCACUCCUUACUCCCUUCCAGCGGACCUCCACAACCCCGUCCAACUCGGUGGUCCACCGACGCCUUCUCGACCGUUCUUCGAAGCCCAACUCGCUCGCGUCUCGCCGACACGCAUGGACUUUUUCCCACCCAACCACGGGCCAGCAUACCCAAAUCAUCUGCACUGGUUCCCCGACAAACUCCAACUUCCCACGAACAGACCAGAAGACGAUCGACCACCCUAUACUCCGCCCCCGAUCCCUCGUGCGCAGUCGUUAUUCUCAAGUCCUACCCGCGACAAUUCCCAACCAUUCCACCCCCGAUCACCCCUGGAGAACCUGAAUCAACUCAAUCAUGACCUUGCUCACCAUCCCUGGGAUCAAGAAGAUGCCAUCACGCCUUAUGAGUCGAUACUGCAUUCUUCCUCGUCCGAUCGCGAUCGUCGUACGCCUAGUUUGUUCGCCGAGUCGUCUGAUUCGGAAGUUGGGACCGAGUUUUGGACGAGGCCGAAUUUCAAUGAUGCAUCUUUGAUACCACCACAGGUAAGAUCGCCCGUCACUUAUUCGUCUGGCGAUCGUCGUGAAAGUGCUCACCGACCGUUAUCUGCCUCCGCAGCAGCCGAUCGACCGAACCGCGACCUCGAACGAUCGAUACGCCGCGGCGCUCGCUCGCAUGGCAAGCGAACAAGUUCGAACGAACUCAAUACUCGAAAUAGAAGAAAUGAGACCCCUCACUUCCACUCCGAACACCUCCUUGGCGGCGGAACGAAAUCCUCAGCAACUUACUCCCAAGUCGUUCAAGACACCCACAACCGGACUGUACCGGGAAGAACGCUUUGGGACUCCUCCGCUCCCACCUCAAAACUCACGAGAGGCUAGGACCGAACCAGCACUUUUCACGAUUCAGGAGAAAGGACUUGAAGGUCCUCCGUCGGCAGAGAUCUUUCUUAGAGCUUCGAGUGCUCCGCCGAUGCUGAUACUGGAAGGGGAAGCUUUGGAUGAAACGGACGCACAGGAGAACGGGACAAGUGUGGAAGCCAUUCGCGAGGGGGAUCAGGAUGAGGAGAUGAAUGACGCAGCCGAUCGUUCCCUAGGAACCGGAAGGGACACGAGAAGCACGACGGCAGGCGACUCGAACUCGACGGUGAGGACUGGGUUCGCGGCCACGACGAUCACUGAGCACUUGACGAUGGGGACGAGUGAGCCAGAUGAAGACGAUUUUUUGCUACAGCGCAUGAUCGAAGACGAGGAGAAAGGUCUCGCGUAUCAGGGGGGCGGGGGCGAGGAACGGGAGAGCUGGUCGUUCUGGGAAGACACCAGUUCCGAGAUGUAUGAUGAUUGA